CAAUUGGCUGAACUAGGUGAGAUUUGUGAGGCGCUACAACUGCCGUUUGUGGUGUUGGGUGAUUUUAAUGUCACUCUCUUUGCCCAUGAAAAGGAUGGCGGAAAUCCGUGGAAUGCAUCCCAAUCCAUUGCUCUUCGGGAAUUUGUUCAUAACCUUGGUCUCCAUGAUCCCGGACACCAAGGUGAUCUGUUUACUUGGACAAACAAACGAAUGGGGCCUGCCUGUAUUAGGGAACGGUUGGACAGAGCACUAUGCUCACCGGGGUGGGUGGAAAGAUUUCCGGAGACCAUUGUGAAACAUUUUACUGACCAAGGAUCGGACCAUCGUGCCUUGCUGCUGGCAGAUAAACCUUACACCAGGAAUAAUCGGCCUCUAUUUAGAUUUGAUGCUCGCUGGGCUGAUAACCCAGAGGUAAAAGCAAUGGUGACGUAUGUCUGGAGUGAAAAUGUCCCCGGUACCCCGAUGUACCAGCUAUGGGAACGGUUGAAGAAGUUGCGACAUCUCCUAUAUGAUUGGAGUAGGGCGGGUACGACCAAUUCCCUGCGGAACAUUCGCACCCUGCAAGCGGAGAUUGAGAGGAUUAAAGCGGUAUGCCCGAUUAAUUGGGAGGAAGUUGGUACCCUUGAAACGGAACUGAGUAGACAGUGGGAGGCGGAGGAACUGUAUUGGCAACAGAAGUCCAGAGUUCGUUGGCUGAAACGAGGUGAUAAGAAUUCCUCAUAUUUUCAUACAGUCACGCGUACUCGGAGAAAAAAGAAUUUUGUGCACGGCCUAAAGACGGAGACAGGGGAGUUGGUCACGGAGGAGGCGGGUAAAGCUGAAGUGGCAUGUAAUUUUUAUCAGCAUCUUUUCACUUCUGAGAGUCAGGUUCCAAACAUGGCCGAUCGGGUCGAAGCCCUCCCCAUCCCUAGAGUGGUGACACCGGAGAUGAAUGCUAGCCUAACUGGUCCUGUUUCUCCGGAGGAGGUUCGCCGCACGGUUUUUGCUAUGGGGUCAAAGCAGGCACCUGGGUCGGAUGGGUUUACUGGCAAGUUCUUUAAAGCUUUCUGGAUCAUUGUUGGGGAUUCAGUGAUUGAUGCGGUUGUUUCCUUCUUUGCAACUAGCAAGAUGCUCCGCAGCUUUAAUCACACGUGGUUGACACUGAUUCUAAAGUAGAGAAUGUGGAAACAAUGAAACAGCUGCGGCCCAUCAGCCUUUGUCAGUUUGUUUACAAAAUUAUUUCGAAGAUCAUGGCUACUAGGUUAGCUGCGUUUUUAAUGUCCAUUAUAUAGGAUGGUCAAAAUGCUUUUAUUCGGGAGAGGCAAAUUGUGGAGAAUAUCCUCCUGGGGCAUGAGUUGAUGCACUAUUUGAAAAUCAAAAACCGGGGGAAGA